UUUAUUUUGUUAUUUUGUGAGUAGUGACACGCGUAAUCUGCUUGAUACUUUUAUGUAGUUUGUACACGUCUGGUGUGCGCUGAUGUAGAGCAACUUUUACUUUUACGUUCGUAGUCUUGCACUCUUGCCGCACACACGGUUACACUCUGUAACGCCUUCGUAGACGUUUCACUUGCAGCAGACUAAUUGUAUUUUUCGUGACCGUCCGCCAAAAUGUCACUGGAAGAUGUGGAAAACAUCAAAAAGCGCAUCGAGAACUUCAAGAAGACUCUGAUAGAGCUGACAGAAGCGCCGGGCACAAAGGAGACUGCGGCGGAGCACAAGGUCCGUGAGAUGUCCGCCGAAGUUGUUGAUUCGAACCCUUACAGCCGAUUAAUGGCUCUGCAACGAAUGGGCAUCGUGAAGAAUUACGAGGACAUCAGGAAAUACACAGUGGUCGUGGUUGGUGUUGGUGGAGUCGGCAGUGUCACCGCAGAAAUGCUCACGCGUUGCGGCAUAGGAAAAUUAGUACUGUUCGACUACGACAAAGUUGAGCUUGCCAAUAUGAACCGCCUCUUUUACCAACCGUCUCAAGCGGGUCUGAGCAAGGUUACAGCCGCAUCAAUGACAUUGACAAGAAUUAAUCCAGACGUCAAGAUUGAAACAUACAAUACAAACAUCACUCUUACUGCCCAAUUUGAAGAGUUCUUGAACGUCUUAAAGACUGGAGGAAUUAAUGGUGAUCGAGUUGAUUUGGUACUGAGCUGUGUAGACAAUUAUGAAGCCCGAAUGACAAUUAAUGCAGCAUGUAAUGAAUUAGGACUAAAUUGGUUUGAAUCGGGUGUUAGUGAGAAUGCUGUAUGUGGACAUAUUCAGUAUAUUGUGCCCGGAGAAUCUGCUUGCUUUGCGUGUGCUCCUCCAUUGGUUGUCGCUUCUGAUAUAGAUGAAAAAACUUUAAAAAAGGACGGAGUUUGUGCAGCAAGCUUACCAACGACAAUGGGUGUUGUCGCAGGAUUGCUUGUUCAAAAUUCAUUAAAGAAAUUGCUAGGUUUUGGAACAGUAUCGUGGUACUUAGGAUAUAAUGCUUUAUCUGAUUUCUUUCCAAGCAUGAUGAUUAAACCAAACCCAAAUUGUAGUGAUAAUUUCUGUUUAAAACAACAAACCGAAUUUAAAAAUAGGGUGAAAGAGGAACCUGAGUGCACAAAUGUAGAUUUACCCGAAGAUAUAGUUACCCACGAAAAUAAUGAAUGGGGGAUAUCGUUAGCGGAAGAUGAACCUACAUUGUCAAAUAAUACAACAGAACUUGUUGAACCAUUAAAAACUGAAAAUGAAAAUAAAAAUAACAGCAUAAAGAGUGAUGAAGAAUAUCUAUCACUGAAUGAAGGAAUAGAAUUUGCUUAUCAAUCUGCUGAUCGAACAGCUCCAAAUGAAGAAUCCUUAGUUAAAGACACCGAAUUAAACAUAGACGAUCUUAGAGAACAAUUGUCAUUGCUAUGAUUACGUAACUAUGAGUUUACGUUUAAAAAAUGUAUUCAUGUUUUUAAUUCACCUUUCAUGAAACCAUUGGUAAUUUAAAAUUGUAUCCAAUAUAGACCAUGUUAAAGUAUUUUAUAUUUGUUCAUACAUAAAUUUCAAUUUAAGAUAAUAAUAAUUUAACAAAAUAUGUAUUGUAUGUAUCAUAAUAGUUAUAAAAAAACAACUUUGUGAUACAAA